AUGUCGGGGUCUGAAUUUCGGUUUGGCCGGAGUCGUAACGAAGAAGAUCGAUUUAACAGUGUGGCGAACACUGGAGGGAAUCGGGAAGCUCAGAGUGAUGUUACUGCGAGUCAAUCGCGGUCGAAUCGAGAGCAGUCCGAAGAGCCUCAGGAAAAGCCGUUCGCUUUGCCGUCAUCAUCGUCGCAGUGUAAUCUAGAACGCUUUCUCGAAUUUAUUACACCAUCUCUUCCUCCUCAAUAUCUAUCGAAGACGACAGUGAGAGGAUGGGUGAGUCGUGAUGUGGAAUUUCAACCCCACUUUUCACUGGGGGAUUUAUGGGAGGCCUUCAAGCAGUGGAGUGCAUAUGGUGCUGGAGUGCCUUUGAUGUUGAAUAGUACUGAUUCUGUGAGUCAGUACUAUGUGCCCAUUUGUCGGAGGUACACUGCUAGUUGUUCUUUGCUAUUUAAGAAAGAUAAUUCUUGUCUUGUGGGGCAGAAAUUGCAUCUCUUUGGUUAUCUUCCAUCUAGAGGAAAACUGAUUGUUACCUUGUGUGAUAGGCGACUAGUUGAGGACAGGGAUUCCGACUAUUCCAAGGACUCAAGUAGUGAUGGAAGCAGUGAUUGUGAACACAAAAGUGGUUGCUCAAGUUAUUCGAGAAAGCAACGAGGUUUUCACAAUCGCGCAAGUGAGAUUCCUCUUAGAAUGGAUCGGGUAUCAUUGGGAGAUCAGAAUAUUGCCCUUCAGGAAGGUUUAACUUGUGAUGAGGGUGAAUCUGGGAAUUCUCAAGGUUGCCUGUUGUUUGAGUAUCUUGAGCAGGAUGAGCCAGAUCAACCUCAAAGUCAGGAACCUUUAGCUAGCAAGAUAACUUUUCUUUCCCUGCGCUUUCCCUUACUUAAAACACUAGGAAGUUGUGAUCUACUGUCUUCCAGUUGGAUUUCUGUGGCCUGGUAUCCAAUAUACAGGAUUCCAAAGGGACCAACAUUACAGGAUCUGGAUGCUUGCUUCUUGACCUACCAUUCUCUUCAUACACCCAUGACAGGUACCUGAAGAAUUUCAGCUUUCACUUUGUCAAUUCUGCAUAUGAAAAGUUGGUUGUUGCAGUCCUGCUCCUUAAUAUUUUAUUGGUACAUAUGCUCAUCCAACAUUUAGUGGUUCAUGUUUCUCUGUUCUUUUGUGGAAAACUUCCAUUGGUGGUUGCAUCUCAGGAGUAUCGAGUCUUCCUUCUCAUCUUUUUGUGUUUUUUUUCUAAUUCUUUUGGUAUGUUUUGAUUUAAUACAUGGUGUCUUAUCAUAAGAAUUGUAAUACAUGCUGUCUUAAACUAACCCUUGACCAUUAGGAUUAUGGGCAGACUUAUUUGGAUUUAUAAAGUUCUUUCUGUAACUUUGUGUGCCUCUUCUGUCUGCUUGUCUGUGCUAUCUCUAUGAUUUACAGUGACAAAGUCUCGAGUCUCAACUACUUCUUUUCCCCGGAUUCCUUUUUUAUUUCAAGCUAGCAAGAGAUUCUUUCAGAUUUUCGUCAUGACCUUAGGCGGUGCUUCUCAUUCAACCACCCCCAGAAGGGGAAAAAAAAGUGUCUAGAGGGAAAAUAAUUUUGUCCUGGAAAUUUCAGUUCAAUGAUUGUGCAUUCUGAGUUUUUACGGUACAAACAUCUGUGAGAUGUGCAUUUUGACUCCUUGCAGCCACUCAAAGCGCACAUGCUCCAAUUGUCUCAUAUCCCUAUGGGAUGGAUUGUCAUCCAAUGAUUACAUUGUCAGUUUUUGGUCUUGCUUCAUACAAGUUUAAAGAAUCCAUGUGGACCCCUAAUGGGGGAUGCGAACUCCAGUUGGUGAACUCCCUCUUGCAGGCUGCUGAUAAUUGGCUUAAACUGAAUCAAGUUAAUCAUCCGGACUUCCUUUUCUUCUGCGGUAAAUGAGACUAAGAGAGGACUUCCGUUUUGUACCCCGUACAUCCAGAGGGAGAACCCCGACUUGUCUCUUUAAUCAUCCCAGAUGCAUGGAUCGCCUUACCUUAAACAUUGUGGGGGAAUCGAGUUUGGGUUUUUUCCUGAUCCCAUAAGUGAGGGCCUAUUGGGUGGUUUUUGGGUGUUCUCUUUUGUCUCCACUCUUUUGUAAGACCAAAUACUCUGAUUAAACCUUUUGC